GACGGUGGCCGAUAGUGGUCUGAAUCUCGUGGGACUACAGCGAGCUCCCUCGGAGGGGUGCGCCUGCGCAUUGUGCUGGUCUCCAUGGCGGGACCUCGGAGCCAAGACGAGAGAAAAUGCUGCUGUGAAGACACAGUUAUAGCUUUCACAUAAAUGAAGCUACAACUAUCUUGAUUUAGUGCCCCAAAAGGAAGAACUUCAGUGGACAAGAAAGGGCAUUUCUGGGGGUAGUAGAAUGCUUGAGGCCUGGAAUUUAAACUUGAGCAACUGCCUGAAGCUAUUAAACAAUAGAAGAAAAUGGAAUUGAAUAAGAUGUCAGCAUGGAACAGUCUAAUGAUUCACUAAGAGUCAACCAUAAUGAUGAUGAAGAGUCAAACACAGAUGCUCAGGUAUUUGAGCAUCUAACCUGUAUGGACUCCAAGGAUUCUUCCUUUGGACGAAAUGAUACUCCUACAGUUUUGCCCAUCACUACUCCGGAAGCAAAUCAUUCACUCACAUCACAGAAUAUACCAGGGCCCUUGACUCAGACCCAGACACUUUCAGCAGAGCAGUUCCAUCUAGUUGACCAAAAUGGGCAACCUAUUCAAUAUGAACUUAAGUCAUUGGGGGAUUCUAAUGCACAAAUGAUGAUCGUUGCCAGCCCAUCAGAAAAUGGACAGGUACUUCGUGUAAUUCCAUCUACUCAGACAGGAACGACACAAGUGAUUUUACCUCAGGGACAGCUUGUGGAUGUGAAAAGUCCUCAGGAUAUCUCUGAAGAGAAACCCAGUGACAGAAACUUAACAACUGUAAGAGUAAAUGCUUUAACAGACAAUCCAAGUAGUUACAUUCUUCAUCCACAAACAUGCCUCACAUUGCCCAAAAAGUCCGUGACCAGAAUGCCUGAAGAACCUUUUCUAGCUCCUCUUCAGCCCCUUUCUUGUAACACACCUGUAUGGGCCUGUCGUCUCAGGAGCUGUGAGAAAAUUGGAGAUUCAUAUCGUGGUUAUUGUAUAAGUGAGACUGAAUUAGAAAGUAUUCUAACAUUUCAUAAGCAACAAACACAGACUGUUUGGGGGACCCGCCAGUCUCCAAGCCCAGCCAAGCCUGCCACACGCUUGAUGUGGAAAUCCCAGUAUGUCCCAUAUGAUGGAAUCCCGUUUGUCAAUGCAGGGAGUAGAGCUGUGGUAAUGGAGUGUCAAUAUGGGCCAAGGAGAAAAGGUUUCCAGUUAAAAAAAAUCAGUGAGCAGGAAAGCCAGGCCUGUCAGCUCUACAAAGCCACUUGUCCAGCUCGGAUUUACAUUAAAAAGGUACAGAAGUUUCCUGAGUAUAGAGUUCCUACAGAUCCCAAAAUUGAUAAGAAAAUAAUCAGAAUGGAGCAGGAGAAAGCCUUUAACAUGCUAAAGAAGAACAUGGUAGAUGCUGGUGGUGUUCUUAGAUGGUAUGUACAGUUACCUACACAGCAAGCUCAUCAGUAUCAUGAAUUAGAGACUCCCUGCCUCCCUUUGCCACCUUCCCCUUUUCCUAUCUCUUCUCUUGAAGAAGAAGAAACUGCAGUUAGAGAUGAGAAUUGUGCAUUACCCUCACGUUUACAUCCUCAAGUAGCACAUAAGAUUCAAGAAUUAGUAUCACAGGGAAUAGAACAAGUAUAUGCAGUAAGGAAACAGCUAAGAAAGUUUGUUGAAAGGGAAAUGUUCAAACCCGAUGAGGUACCUGAAAGACAUAAUUUAUCUUUCUUUCCAACUGUAAAUGAUAUAAAAAAUCACAUCCAUGAAGUACAGAAAUCCUUGAGAAAUGGAGAUAUGGUAUAUAACUCAGAGAUUAUUCCAGCAACGCUUCAGUGGACUACAGACAAUGGGAAUAUUCUCAGAGAAACUGUGACAGUUACAUUUGCAGAAGGAAAUUCACCAGGAGAGUCUGUUACCACCAAAGUGGAAACAAAUCAGACAGGAGGUUCUUUGUCUCCUGAGUCAACCCACUUGCACUCUUCACUUUCCUCAUUUCAGCCAAGAGUAUUUUCACAACUACAAGAUUUGCAGUUACAACCAAGGUUCACCUCACCUGAUGGAUCACCGGCUCUGCUAUCAGUAAAUAACCACCCCACUUCCAGUCCUUCAGGGCUUUUGGAUUCAGUAGGAAGUGCUAUAAUGAAUAAUAAUUCUCUACUGCUUGGUCAAAGUCAAAGCCUUGAAACAGAUACAUGCCUAACCCAAAGCAGUAGUACUGCCUCUACCAUGGGUAACCUUCCAGGACCAGAUCAAAAUCUGCUUGCAAUGGAUCAACUAGUAGAAGUUGAUGAUGUUGAGGAUACAGGAAAUCUGGAAGGAACUGUUCAUCAGAUUCUGUUGGGAGAUGUGCAGACCAUUCCAAUACAGAUUAUAGACAACCAUCCAGCUCUUAUUGAAGAAAAUCCAGAAGGUAUCAUUUCUGUGAGCCAAGUUAAGCAAGAACCCAAAGAACCAGCAUUGUCUAUGGAAAGAAAAAGAAAUAUGGACUGUAAAAAAUUAUCUGCUACAUAAAUUAUUGAAGCUUUUCAGAAUUUACAACUUUGGUGACUUCUGAUGUUAUAGAAAAGAAGGUGAAUAUUGUCAAAGUGCAGCAUUGUGAUAAUUGGACUGAAGACUGAUUUGAUGGGAAGCUUUGAUUUAAAACUGAUAUGUUUAUUGUGAAUUCCAUAUUUUUACCUUGAGAUAUUUUGCUCUUCUUAUUUUGUAUAAUUUUUAUGCUUUUGAUUAUCUAAUAAGGCCAGUAUUUCAUAAGUUCUUCUGAAUUAAUCCAAGUAAUAUAGUCUGAAUACAAAUAGUUACCUUAUUCAUCCUUGGAAAUAUCCAAUUUUGGUUCUUUAAAGACAAAAAAGAACAACAACAACAA